AUCACUGAUCUAUCUUCUCCUUGAGCUUUCAAACGGCGUCGUGCUUGUGCUUCUCUGGGUAUCAGCACCAAAGAGGGAGGUGAAUUAAGAUGAAAAAUUCGGAUGGAAAAUAUGGCAUGCAUUGAGAGGAAAGGAUGCUGCUUUCUUAUUAGAUAUAUUUCGAUUUAGAGGUGAAAUGCUUAUGGUAAUGUGUUGCUAUUAGUUCUGCUAAUAUUGGUAUAGAUAUGGUUGAAUUUUCAGUUUAGUGUGUGCACACCAACUGUUCGACUAUUUGUCCCAAUGAACUUCUCAAUUUCCUUCAAAAUGCAAAGGAGAUCAAUGAUAAGUUUGCGCCAAUUUUGUAGAUAUGAUUCUAUGCACAAAAAAGACCCCUUUGACGGGGUGUCUUCCAUCCCAUGUCAAAAUUCAGGCUCUAUGUGGAUUCCUGUGAAGCAGAAAUCAAGUGGAGGAAGGAGGCCUAAGAAGAAAAUCUACCACAGGGAUUAUGAACUUGAUAGAGUAAUGGACUUACAAAAGAAGCCAUCUUUGAUACUGCAGCUCAAGUCCAUUAUCCAAUCCCAAAAGCAACAAUGUCUCCUUCUAAGGGACCUUGAAAAGGAAGUUGGGUUUGUGCAGAAAUGGAACUUCAUGGCGGUCAUUGAGAAGUACCCUUCAAUAUUCCGUGUUGGUGGUGGUAGCAGAGAACCCCCUUUUGUCACACUUACCCAGAAGGCCGAAAAGAUUGCCAGUGAAGAGGCUGAAGCAAGGCGGUUAAUGGAGCCUAUUUUGGUUAAGAAUCUAAGGAAGUUGUUGAUGUUGUCCAUUGACUGUAGAGUGCCACUAGAAAGGAUUGAAUUCAUUGGGCAUGAGCUGGGUUUACCUCAGGAUUUCAAGACAUCGUUAAUUCCAAAAUACCCAGAUUUCUUUUCAGUGAAAGUUGUUAAUGGUAAAGCUUGCCUUAAUUUAGAAAAUUGGGAUUCUUCACUAGCAGUGACUGCUCGUGAGGAGAGAUUAGCAGAUGAAGGUGUUUAUGAUUCAAAUGGUAAACGCAAGAAGGUUAGGAUUACAAAAGACGGUAACUACUUGGGUCCAUUUGCAUUUAAAAUGUCUUUUGCUGCUGGUUUUAGACCAAAUAACAGUUAUCUUGAGCACCUUGAGAGCUGGCAGAAAAUGGAAUUCCCUUCCCCAUACUUGAAUGCUAGGAGAUUUGAAGUUGCAGAUCCAAAAGCUCGAAAAAGAGUGGUUGCUGUGCUUCAUGAACUUCUUAGUUUAACUAUGGAAAAGAGGAUGACAUCCGCACAAUUAGACGCAUUUCAUUCAGAAUAUCUCUUACCAUCUAGGUUACUACUCUGUUUGAUAAAGCAUCAUGGUAUAUUCUACAUCACAAAUAAAGGCGCAAGGAGCACUGUGUUUCUUAAAGAAGCUUAUGAUGGUUCCAUUUUGAGGGAUAAAUGCCCCCUGUUAUUGUUUAAUAGUAGAUUUGUUGCGCUGAGUGGUAGAAAAGAGAUUGAUUCAUGUAGUGGAAUACCUUCUUCAUAUGGCUUCAGCUGAAAACUUGAUUUUGUUACAUUAAUGAUAUAAAAAAUGGAUUAUUUAUGUUGUUUUUUAUGAGAUUGUCACCGCCUGUAUGAUGACCAGGAACAUUUAAUUGCUGAU